AGACUGAUUGAAUUCCCUGACGCCGCGGGGCAUCGCUUAAUUUAAGCUCAACGACGACGGAAAGUAAGACGCGAGUGUACGCGCCACGCGGCAUACAUCGCUAUUCGACGUGCGCACGAGGCACGUUGUAUCGUGCUGCCAUCGCGCAGCCGUGGAGUUUAUCACGCGGCGAUCCUGCCUUCGCAUGCAGGAAGACUUCUCCACCUGUCUGCUCGCCCCGCUCGUCCUCUUUGCAGCUCGGCGUUACACGUAUACGUCAUGAAUAUUUACCGAAGACCGCGUGUUCCCCGAUGUGACGGGAAUACACGUUUGCUACUACGGUAGUAUGUACCUCGUCGGCGACUUCGAUUUAAUGACACGUCGAUAUCUCGGCCUGAUCGGAAUUUUACUUUUACACUUCUGGCGAAGAGAACGAAUAACGCCGAUGAUAAAAAUAACGUUUGGAGGGAAAUUACACGCUGUUUCGUCGCCUUUGUAAAGUUUCGUUUCCUUGAACGAGCGAUACAACGAGGUCGCUGAUUCGCGUUAUCUGCUGGCCGCGCCGGGAAGGUUACAUAAUAUUGCAUUCAGAGGCCGAUAGGACGCGUCCGAUAUACCGUAUCGGUAUAUUGUUUCAAGCACCGCACUGCGCCGCGCCUCCGCGUAAUCCAUACCGUAGCUGAGACUGUCUCGCUUCGAAACGGACGGCCUUGUAAAGCCGCGACUGCUCGGCUUCGCUGAGCUUCGUUCGAAUUUCGGUCACAAAUAUUACGUGUCGCACAUCUGGUGGUGUACGUUCGUUUCUCAAACGAUAGGAAAUGAUCCAUCGUCAGCAAGAGAGAAAAGUUCGUUCGGCAAGAAUUGCCACCGCCGCCGUGGCAUUCGCUUGCGCAAUCAGACGCAACACAAAAUGUUACGGUCGCUCGAGAAGGGAUUUCCUCGUGUACGCGAUUGCAAUACCUUAUUGCAAAUAACAUCCUCCUCCAUCUUUAUCUCUCCCCGGAUUUACCGGAAUUUCUCAUUCAAGCGCCGUGCGAUUAUUAGUGCUGUUAUUAAUUAACAACGCUAUUCGCGGUAGUUUCGUGAAAGGCCAGGCGGUUCCCAUCGUUCGACACGUUUAUCAUCCAAUAUAAGUUAUCCCUAUGAAUCAAAGUAAUUAAACAUUCCGCUGCUCGCGACACGAAUGUCGAUAGAAAAAAUUUACUAAAUAACUACUGACUAAUUAACGCAAGGAGCUAUUCAUCAUCCUGGUGAAAGUAGCAGUUAGAAUCGAUGGCACGUAUUGAGAUGUGGUUUAGAAAUUCGACACUUUCGUUAUUCAAUGAAUUUUAAGUAGAUGAAUGUCCUUUUUUACUUUCGCCUCUCUUUUUUUCUCGAAACUACGAGGACGCGCGCUUGUCUGUAUUUUUUCUCCGCUACACCCUGCGCAUAUACGAUCACGAUUAGAUCAUACCUGGGCUUGGCGGAGGAGAAGCGGCGCUUCGCUUGAUUUCAGAGAUAUUAAUAGAACUCAAAAUAGCCGUGAAGCGCUAAUGACGAUCUUCCGCGAAGUAUCGUCCAUCCCCUUCAUGGACAUUCGAACUUCCGGCCAUGGCAAAGUCCGAGGGAUCAAUCUCAAGCGUUAUUAGAGCGACUCGCGGCACGUUCUACACGCUGAUUACGCAUCCAUGAAUAUUUCAGCCUCCCAAGUACAAGUUGCGCUCUACAGUGUUACAGAAUUCCAGCGUUUGCCGUGCGCUCGAAUACCAUGCGCAUCUAACGUGCCUCGCGUGUAUUAAAUUGAAAACGUAUAAUUUAAUCGAAAUUAUGCCGCGCGAAGAAAAUUCAAUUUACUCUUGCAAUUAAAAUUAUAAUUCUGAGGAACUAAUCGAUCUUCGAUCGCGUUAUGCAUACGUCGGCAUCUGUCCAAUUCACUCAUGCAUAAACGCGAACGACGUUUGCCUAACACUUCGCAUACAUUCAAUUUUCUACUUUUUUAUGACUUAGGCAUACUUGACGAUCGUGACGUAAUCACGCUCGUGACACCCGUGUUUUGACGACUGCCGCUCGUCGAAUACAAAUGAGAAUCGCGGGGCGAAUUUUUUUUUUUCGUACCGCUGUAUUAAAGUUUCUACGACGAACGAAACGCCGAUUAAAUUCGUCAUCGCGACGAUAUCCUCGAAGUUAUGCGACGCGGAAAGGUUGCGCGCGCGCCCGAAGCAAGCGAAGAAAAAUUUGCAUAAGUCUCGUUUUCGCUCUCUCUUUCCCCGUGACCCCGUACAACGCGAUUGUAUUAGAAGUUUGCGUUAAGGCACAGUUACACCACGCGAUCUCACCGAAACGCGUCAACGUUUCUCUCGAGUCUCGUUACUAAAAAUAGGCUAGAGAUAAAUACGAAAUCAAUGGAAGUUGCGUGACGAUGAAAAAAUGGUUACCACCGUAAAAAGUGUGUGACUCAUAUAUUUUGUGAAGCUAACAAUCUUCUACAUUUCUCGUAUAUUUAAAUUCUGAUACAUGUCUCGGAUUCUCGAGUGUCGAUGUACAAAUUACCAGACUCGAUCUUGAAACGGAGUAUAAUAUCUCGAAGGUUCAGAAGGUUUAGAUUUAAAUUAUUAUACUUCAGAUUCCACAGUAACAUUUUAAUCGUCGCGGGGAUAAUUCGCACCAGCAUUCCCGUGUCACGCGAUCGCGGCUUCCCCGUUACGCAUGGUGAAUUUCGCAUUGCCACCCGCUCUUAAUCCUCGCGCCUUAUUACGGCGACCUUACCCCGAGGGCAGCGAGAUGCAGUGUACACGUGCGCGCAAGUGAAAGGUAGGGUAACACGCAGAUUUAUCUCCGCAAAGCGCGGCGCACGGUUCCACGUUGCGCCGCGCCGGUUGGUGUGCGCAACAAUCAGAUAUGAAAAUACAGAAUAACGCCCAGCUGUUGCCCUUUCAUCGCGCGUUCUCUGACCAUUUGCCCCGUUAUCCUUUGCGUAGCCAGGCAACGAAACCAACUGUCCGAGUCUCACGGAAAAGAAGGGAUUAGUUCCGUUUAAAUUUCUAGCUAUGGUUAACGUUAAUAAUCGACAUUAAUUACAUCAAUUUGAGGCUUAUCUAAUUUUUGUAAAACGUCGAAAGUACAACAGCAAACUCGGCGGAUAAUCAAGAUAAAUCAACCGGAAUACUCGGAGAGAAUCAUCGUGUUCUUCCUUUCGAGUGAAAAAGGACGUAUUGUGAUCUGUAAUGGGUCAGUAAUUAUUUGCUGAACCCGUGACACACGGAGCCGCGCGCGAUAAGCGUGUUUGCGAUUACAUACGCAAUAUAUAUACGAUAUUAUGUAACGACGAGGUAUUAUCGCCUGCCUUCUUCGGUGCAGAGGCCGUGUGGGCGAUUCCUUUUAGCGUUGUCUCUCUAACGGCAGUUAGAGAGAGACUCGCACUCGCGCGGGUAAUCGACGCUCACAUUUUCCGAUGAUGCCGAUGAUCUCAUGGCGCGUGACGCCACCCAGAAAAUCUACAGUCGCCUUGCGGCUUUUCUUUUAUCCUUCCUCCCGGAACUGUGCGUCCUAUUUCGCCGGAGGUUCUUACUUAUCGUAAUAACGCAUCGGUUAGUUCGCAGUCUUGUUCGUGAGCGACGAGCGUCUUUAAAGCAAGCCGUGUAAAUUAUUUAUUGCGCGAGAUUUUAGAUACUGCUAUUACUUUUCAUUUACGCGAAUGUAUUUGGAGCACUCGGUUUAACGCGAUAUAUAAUAAUUGGCAGCAAACUUAACUCGCAAACGAGGCGAAGAAAUUGGCUUGUAUUAAUAUGAUUGCGAUCGAUCAACGAUAGGAUCUUAAUUGGCCGAUAAUCUCCUUAAGGAUCUUUUACGAGGUAAAAAUUGGAAAAAGAAGCAAGAAGGAAAUCGAUGAAGGUCUACCGAGAAUUCUCGACAGAAUCCAUCUUUAUUUAUUGGUUUGUGGUCAUUUUUCAAACCGCACGUCUUUGACGCACACGAUCAAUGCUGCCAAUUUCUUACGUAUUUUUGAGGCUUUCACAUCAUUAUUUUCUCGCUCGACGAAGGUCAAUUGGAGAGCCUAUCUAGUUUAGCGACCAAUUAUACGUAUCAUUCUUUUUGUGACGUGAAACGUAAAUAAAAAAAGAAUUCAAGCGCCGACUUAUUUUCGCUGAUAAUAGUGUCCGUAAUAAUCCCUCUGUCCUGCGUGGAUUGGCCGCAACGUUUGAUCGCUCAUCAAAUUGGCCUUCGAGCACGACGUGCCACUUUGUUUGGCGCGAAUCCCGCGACUUCAGUCCUCCGUUUUUUUUUCCUUAAAUCUACUUUUUUUUCAUUCUUUGAAGUUAUGUAAAGUGAUAAAAAUCUUAAAAUUGAAAUAUUCGAAACGGGAAGAACGAAAAACAUCGCAAAGAACGACUUGGUAAUGUUGACCCAUUUUCUAAAGAGCGGAAUUGUUUGUUUCCGGGUGAUGUUUUACGGUAAAUUUUUAUAUCGCAUGUCUCAUCUCUCUCUUUCUCUCUCUCGAGGUUUCAAACGUCGUGGACUCACGGGCACACAUUAGCAACGAAUUAAAUCACUAACUCGCUUUCACCAAGGACAUCUGGCGCGAUUCUCCCUACGACGCUCGGGAAACGCGCGCGAAAACACACGGCUAAGCCGUGUGUUUUCUGACGUUUCCCAUAUUCUUCUUCCGUAACACUACAUUCCGUAACACCACGUUCCUACGUCCGUGCUGAAUUUCUAAGGAGGCGGCGAGCUUCGCGAAAGAACAGAAGGCACACAACUCGUUCGGCCCACGCCGCCGCACGUCCGCGUGUACCUUAAUUAUGCCGUCAAGUGUAAUUACCGAUACCGCUUCCAUACUCCUGCAUACGAAUGCAGACAUAAUUGCGAGAUGGAGAGAGAGAGAAGAAGAUGGUCGGUCGCGGAGGAAACCAGCGCGUGCUGGCCCAGUUUUUUCACCGGUCCAUCUGAACGUCGUUUAGAAAAGUUUGCAAAGUCGCGAAAUAUUUCGCGACACGUAGCGUGGAAAUCGCGGUACAACUGCGCGAUGAAUCGAGGCCGUUUAUACGCUCUUCCGGUAUUCUACAUCACGCCAAUGACUAUUCAGCGUCGCUUGACCCUAAAGCUGCGCGAUCGGGGUCCGACAGAUUCUUUCAGGUUCCGAAACAUCGCGGGAUAUUUUUCCAAGAUAUCUUACAGAUUUUUAAAAUAUCUUGAAGAAUAUCGAGUUUAUAAUUUAAAAGUGCAAUUUAAAACUCGACAGAUUUAUUUUUCGAGUUUAAUGCGGAGUAAUGAUCGAGUACGCUUUCAAGAUAUGCAGAUAAAAUAUAUGAAUUACGUCAGGGGAAAUACGUCGCGCAAGAACAUAAUCUUGCCGGUCGUUACAGUUGAGCAUUGUAAUCGCGUAUCGAUCCGCUUGAUCCGGUCGCCGCCGUGAGCCGUAUCUCGCGCUUAAUUAUGCCUUAAUGCAUCGCGUCACACGUUAAUUAAGGGUUACGCGAUACUCCGCUGGCAAUAAUUUAUAACUCGCUUCCCGCGGAAACGAUCGGCUCGCUCGAAAUUAACUCAGGAUCACCGGAGCAUCGAGAUUUGAUGGUGCGUCUGCAAUUAUGACACUUGGACCGUUUCUGCGAUCUGGUAGGCUUCGCCGGAAUGAUGACGCGAAAGCUGAGUGUCGAUCGAAGGUAAAAUUCGUCAAAGGAUCCAUCGCCGAAUCCGUUUCGCGCGGAAUCGUUACGAAACGUUCCGCUCACGUGCGCGUGUUCGAUCCGCGAAACACGUGAGCGGACCUAACGACAGAUUUACGAGGGCGGGCGGCGUUUCGACACGUUCUUUCGGUCCUUUCUGGUUUAUUACGAGGCGACAUAACCGAGGCCUUAUUUCGCGAGCCGCAUUAAUCUUCUUUCCCUCCCUCUGCAAUCUCUCGGCUCUCAAUCGCCCGUGCCGACGUACUUAAAACUCGCGCAAAUUGAAUCGGACCGCAUCAAUCACCCACCUGUUUCCAUCGCGGUCAAUUUGUCGAGCCUUUCGAAAUCGGCGCCGGUCGGCGCGGCGGUGUUCUUUCAUAUGCAGGGCCGACUGAAGAUUUAGACGGGAAAUGAAUAAUAAUAUAUACAUUGCGCUUUCGAAAGCAAAAUGUGGCAAUAUAUAAUAUAUGAGUUCAUUCUACUGCGUACAUAUAUAUUUAUUUCGCUACGUGAACAUAUUUGCUGUUUUAUUUUCAUUAUUCUUAUUUUUCAAUUUAAUAUAAUCCUAGUUAAGUGUUGCAUGUUUGUAAUUAAAAAUGUAUCGCGGUAUCGUUGAUUUUUAUAAGCUGCGCUGAAUUCAUCGCCAGGAGCGGCCCUGACUGUAUGAGAACGGGGGAAUGCAAAUGCAUUUUCGGGUCUUCCGACGAAGUAAAUCAAUUAAUUAGUGCGCGAUCUAGAUCGCUCUCUUGUCCUCCCGACGGUGAAACUCGGCCGAUCUCAUCUCUGGACGUUAAUUCCCCACCCCUGAUGGAAAGCCGCGCAAAUGCAGUUCGCGCCUUCGCACGUGAAUGCAAAACGACGAAGGCAGAAAGCUUGACGCACGCUCGAGCGUGUGCAUCUCUCUCAGGACGAUUGCGACAUCUUCGACUUUCUUGCUCUUGCCGGCGAGAUCGGCGUUAAUUAUCCCGCGCGCCAAUUAGCCCAUAAUUAUUGACAGGACAAUUCGGCUUUCAUAUCUUUUUGCCGAUCGAGCUUGGGCUCCUUUCGUGAGCGAUUACGCCGCACGAGGCACAACAAAGUAAAUAAUCGUUCCCGUCUCUUAGCAUUCGGGAUGUAAUCAAAGUUUCUUGCCACGGAGGAUAAUGCAACGACAAUCGAGAAUCUUAAUUAUUAUUUUAAUGCGACGAAUUGCGCAACCUCGAAUUGACGCAACACGCGUCUUUCCUGCCAUAUUCGACGUGUAUGAGUAGACAAAAAUUUUCAACAAAAAAGAAAUAUUCAUAUAUAUGAUAAUAUGCAAGAUAUUUCAUAACAUGUCGGCAUAAUUUCAGAAAUAAAUUUCGGAUACAAAAAGUUUACAUACACAGGUAUUUUGGAUUAAUUGUCGAGAUAUAGAUAAUUUUGUUAUUGUACACAGCAGAAACAUUUUGUAUUUAUAUAAAAAUCGGUUAUUAUUAAAAUUUUUUAAAUAUAAAUUGAAUUAUUUAUAUGUAUGUAGCGUAUGUAAACUUUUUGUGUUGUCUUCUGUCCAAUUUUAUUCUGAGGUUGUGUCUACAUGUGUUAUGAAAUAACUUGUUUAUAUUUUAUCGGAGAGAAAUUGUUCAAAAAAAAAAUUUAUGAAAAUAUAUAUGAGAAACGUGAGAAUUAAUUAUUAUAAAGCGAAAUAAAAUAUAUAACAUACGGACGUGAUAGUACAGUGCGAAUAUUUAAUCGCUAGAUAUACAGAAGAUGAAAGUUGGAAAUGCAAUCCCUGUGUAACUUGACAAUUCCAUACGUAGCAUAAAGCGCAUGAUGAACGUACUCGCACGCACCACCCGACCUCGUGAAAACUACGUUUUCGUUACUGUGCCAUUGUCCUCGAUGACACACGGUUGACAAUAGCGUUCGCAUUGAUUUUCCGGAAUCGGUGGCGGUGACCGUGCACCAUGCAGGCCCCGCGUCUCCGCGUUCAUCCCUACGGCCCCUUUAGCCCCUUCCAACGAGAUAGGGGAAGGUCCGUGGCGAGCGACGAGGGACCCCCUCCCUCGGCUCCUUUCCUCGCGUCCCGUGCAUAAGCGCUUACUCUCGCCAGCCCGUGGUUCAGAGUAAACGAGUUGGCGUUUAGUGAGGGACGUGCACGCUGCUCUGUUGUGUUGUGUUGUACCGUGUCGUGUAUCAUAGACAGCCUCGCCUCGCGACGUACCACUGUGUCGUCGCUUCCUCCUCUCGGGCCUUGUCCCCCCGAUGACACGUGCGCGACGAACGACUACGCCGCGUCCUCGUGAUUUCGAUCGUGAGAUCGGUCGUUUCGAUUACCGAGAGAAGCCAGGAGAGGAGGAAGAGGAUGUAACACGCGAGGAGUGCGCGCGAUACGCGGAAUCGAAAAUUGCAUUCUCGGCCCACCUCGUUCUUCUCCCGUAACAACAACUCGCUGCUCGACUGUUGCUCGAUCAUUUCGCGUGGCGAAGCCGCGCUGUUUACGUCGCGCGAAGCUCUCAACGAUAAGUGCCGUGCGUUAUCGUCUCGCGUGUCGUCGACGCUAUCGAUGCCUAUUAUCACAUGAUGCCACGACGUUUCGACCGUCAUCGUCGUCGUCGUCGUCAUCGCCGCGGUCGGCCGAUCGAGGGAAUUCUCGAGACGCACGAGUGUCGGGCCUUGUGAAACAGACGACGAGCGUCAGUUCGUUGCAGCUGCCUAGGACUCGCUCACGUGAGUCCGAUUGUUUCGCGCCUGCGGCUGUGCGGUGAGAAACAGUGCUCUGUCGUUUAUACUGAAAGAAAAAAAAAGAGAUUAUCAUAGUGUGCGGCCGAGGAUAGAGACGAAAAAAGUCUGCUCGCAACUGGUUUAGUAAGAUGACGAUGACGAUGACGACGAUGACGCUGGCGAAAUGUCAAAGUCGUUGUAAUUCUCCCGCGACAUGUGGAAGAAUUUAUCCUUGCCGUACUCGCUGAAAUAUCGUUUACAUCGAUCACGAUGAACGACGCCGACGUGCUAAUACCGAGCGGGCACCGUUGCCUGUGCCGGGGAUUAAAGAAGUAUCCCAGUAUCGAUAAGAAAUUGUGGGACGCGAGCAGCAGGUGGAUAUUGCAAUGGGACAAUAUAGUGAAGCAUCCGGGUGCAAGGGCGAGGGGAUGUCACUGCGACAUCCACAAGCCGCCCUGGCUGUAUCCAGAUCUAGUUGGUAAAGACAGCGACGAAAUCGAUAGAGCGAUCAAAUCGGCUCCCGUUAAGAGGCUGAACAUGCCUCCUCCGAAAAGAGGUCAAUUUGGGCCUGCUAAAACACCAUCCUCUGCCUUAGCUCCUCCUUUGGGCACUCCAUCCUAUACGGUACCAAGGGCAGCGACCGUCAAAAGAGCUCUGUCAGUAAGAUCGACAUCAUCAGCAAAUGCAAAGAAAGUCAUCAUUGCCUGUCCAGCGCAAGCCGGAGCUGUUGACGAGGAAUCCUUUAUUACUUCGUUCGAAGACGUGCCUACCGUCAAUAUAUUCUCGGCAAAAGAUCUCGAGGAACAGAUGAAGAUUAUCAAGGAUACAGUGGGUGACGAUAAAAAGGACUGGAAACAGAGAAUGGAUAGCAUGAGAAAGUUAAGAGCCAUUGUACUCGCAGGUGGCACUAAUUACGAAAUUUUCCACGAAUGCCUAAAGAACCUUCAGCGUCCAUUCGAGAUGGCCUGCACCGACCUUAGAUCCCAAGUAGUGCGGGAGGCGUGUAUUACUCUCGCUUUUCUGAGUCAGAGCUUGAAGAACAAAUUCGCCAGUUUUGGCGAAUCGGUUUUGUAUACGUUAAUGAACCUCAUACAGAACAGUGCCAAGGUCGUGGCGACAGCCGGUGCGGUGGCAGUUCGAUUUAUCCUUCAAAAUACCCACUGUAGUCGAUAUGUGCCUAUUAUUAUAUUGUGCGUGAGCAACAAGAGCAAAGACAUUCGCAGGGCGUCCUGGGAAUAUUUAACUCUAAUACUGCAGACCUGGCCUACGCAGAUAUUACAGAAGCAUAUAACAACAUUGCCGGAGGCGCUCAAGAAGGGCAUCGCAGAUUCCGACGCGGAAGCUCGAGUCUUCGCCAGGAAAUCAUACUGGGCAUUUAAAAAUCACUUUCCAGAGCAAGCUGAGAUACUACUUAAUAACUUGGAUGCGUCGUACAAACGUUCUUUGAUGUCUCUCAGCAAUAGCGGUAGUAGUAAUAGUUUAAAUGUCGUGACUAAUGCGAGAUCAUCGAGCGUUAGUCCACGUACAGCUCGACCCGUGAUGAGCGCGGCAGGUAGUACGGAAAAUUUGCAUCAGACCACGGGUCAACCGCACGGUCAGCUCAGACGUACUCCGUCCUUGCCUCGGUCUUAUCGUCAAUCUGGUAUCCCGAUACUACAAAGACCAACAGACAGUCACUACCGAGGUACACCAGGUGUUAGAUCCACCAGCGCAAUUGAUUUGCAAGCUGCUCAGAGGGCGAAAGCGAGGUUGAUGUACGCGAAUAUGAGCAGACAGAAAGCAGCUGCACUUCCUCGUCCUAGUAAAUCUCCAGAUCCCAAUGCAAUUUCUAGCCCAGAAAGAAUUGCAAGAACGAGAACAAGAGUGUCGGGAGUUUCACAAUCUCAACCUAGCAGUAGAUCGGGUUCCCCAUCAUCUAGACUAAGUUACGCCACGUAUAAUCGCGAGGGCGAUUCAUUAAUCGGCAGACCGAGGCGAUUAUCCGGUCACACCAUUGGCAGCACAAGCAACAGUCGCGAGCCCAGUCCGCAAAGAUUCGGAAUGGAUAGAAGUUUUGCGAGCAAACUGAGAGGGAGGAACCUACAUAUGUCGCCGACGGACAGCGGCAGGCCGCCAGUGAUGGCGCAGAAGAUGCUGCAAAAGUCGCGUGAAGCGGAAUCCGCUUUGGCGGAUGCUCUGACUUUUGACAGUAUUGACAAUUACACUAGACUACCGGGCAACAAAGGGGAUCACAGUGAUGAUAGUGAGAACAGCAGUAUAUGUUCGGAAAGAAGCAUAGAUGGUUUUAGACGAGCCAGUGAU